CAUUCUACCUGGUAACAGGUUCUAUGAUAAAAAGAUAGUCAGUGGUCAUACUCUGUAGGUACAUGUCGAAUGGAAACUGUGAACCUUUAUCCUUUAAUAGUUGUAGAGCACCUUAAGACCAUAAUUGAGAUCACUUCCGCUUCUCUAAGUUGCUAUGGCAGCACUUUCAAACAAAAGAUGGAGCUUAACACAGCCGAGCGCUUUUACGAUUUCCUUACUAACUUUAAAGACUAUGAAGAUUAUCUGGACUCUAAAAUCACUCCUACGGAUUUAUUUUAUUUAAAAAGCAGGGAGUUGGCCCGCGAGCUGGUGGAGCACAGCCACAAGGGCAUGAUCCUGAGCAGGGAGGAAUUCGAGGAGAGGAAAGCAGCUGCAAAGGCUGCAAAGACUGAACAGAGCAGCGUUUUCUACAGCAGGAGCCGCCCAGUGACACUGGCAAGUGCAGGAAAGGAGCUCAAGGAUAACUUCCUGAAGGCCCUGGCAGAGCGAGAAGAGGCCAACCGCAGUGGGAAAAUGACUUCGGUCAUUUUCAUAAGGGAUUAUAAUACUCUUGGACAGGAGGUAUCUGGAUAUAUAGACUACACCCACAGGCUCAAGACACAAGAUUUUGAACCAUAUUUCUGUGGAAAGAAAAGGCUCAUGCCAGGACCCUCAGAUUUAUGCUACUACAACUGGAAGACACAGACGUCCACCUCCAACUCCAGCCCCAACUUUGAGGUGAUUUAUGACGACCCAAACGGACUUCUCUUCAAGAGCAAGAGGGACAAAACGAUGCUGAAUCCUCGGUCCAGGUCCAGUGGGACGCUCCUCCAGUCGGACCUCUACGUCCACGUCAUGCUGUACGACCGCAGUGUGAGAAUGUUCUGACCUGCUGACGCCGACACAGCCGUACAAUCUGGCGCUCAGCGCAGAGCUCUGAAAGCCUCUAAUUUAGCUGCAGCUGCAUCAUCAUUUACAAACUCUUUCCCUCAUAUCGUGCAUGCCAUCAGGGUGGAGGUGCCGCUGCGACAACUUCAAACAGACGAUUCCCAGAGGAAGAAAUGGACAGACUGGGGUGACAGCCGGAGAGUUUCCUCAAGCUUAAACUGGAACUUAGAUAUUCUGAUGGGUGCAAAGUCUUAUUUAGGAGCCAGACUCAGCUCCUCAACCCCAGGCUCGUCCACUGUUGGGGCCAACAUGUUUUGGGCUGUUUGUCUAAACAAAUUAAAGGCAUAAGAGCUUUGAAAGAUGA